CUUGAACCUUCUCGCCUUCUCCCUCGUAAAAUCCCUAGCAACUUGCAAAUACCUUUUCAAGUUUUAAUGGCAAUUUUCUCACCCAAAUUCUGGACCCUUCACCUUUCUUCAAAAAAUUCUGGUUCAUCAUUUCCGCCGCCAAGGAAUCAAGUUUCCAUGAUAUCCUUAUUACCCACACAUAUAUUUCCUAUUCCUAUUCAGUCGAUUUCCUGUGGCAGGGGCUCCUUCAAAAAUUUCUGCUUGUCUCCUCAAAUGGAAGGAUCUGCUUCGGCAGAAGGGUACCCUAAUUUGAAAAAAUUAUUAGGUGAUAUGGAAUUUCCGACUCAGGAACAGAAGAAUCAUCGGGCCGUCAUUUUUUGGAUUGUAAUGCGCGAUGAUGAAAGUGAGCUUAAGAAAGAGUUUGGCGAACUUGUUGAGCAGUUUCGGACCUGGCUUAGUUUCGAUAAUAGGCUGAAAGUCCUGUUUGGACAGAUUACUCAUCGUAUCUUCAUGGAGGCGUGCUGUUCUCGUCUAUUAGAGAAUGUUGAUCGUUGGGUUUGCUGCAGUUCAAUUGUGCAUAGCAAUUUUACCCAGCUUUCUCAGAAGAUACCAAUGUUUAUGGAACCAUCAUUUGGUUUUUUCCGGACCAAAAAUACCAAGGAUACGAUUGAUGGUGUGAUGUUUAUGGUGAUGGUAGGUGUCGAGGGCGAUAUAUCUGACAAAUGUGAGAAUCUUGAAGAACUUUUGCAGCAGCUGAACACUUUUGAAGGAAAAAUAAAUUCGAUUUCACCAAGCUGCAUAAGCGUGAAGCUCGACAAGGAAAAGGUGGAAGAACUUGAGAAAUAUUCUCAGGUUUUGUAGCGGGUUUAAUGUAGUUUCUGAAUAUGUAAAUUUUGUUUACUAAAAGUAAUUCUAUUAAUGACAGGGAUCAGUUAACUUUAUGGUCAGUCAAACAUCGUAAAUCGUGUGGGAAGCUUAAAGUGGGACGGAGGGAGUACAUUUUACUCAUUAUUUUGACACUCCGUAAAUGUAAAAAAUGGAGUUUUUUUAACAUUUUACGCAUUAUUUCGUUACAUUAAAAACAUUUUUUAAUUGUUAUGAACAUCUAAGUUACUUUAUUGAGCAUUUAAAAAUAAUACUUUUCCUGUAUUUCUCAUUCAACUUGGUAUGAAAUACACAUUUUAAAAUUUUAAUU